AGUCAUGAUGGAGUACAAACUGCAAUAUUUCAAUAUGAUGGGAAGAGCUGAGCCCGCAAGGCUUAUCUUCGCCUACGCAGGAGUGCAGUACACGGAUGAAAGAGUGGAAAAGUCGGCAUGGCCGGAAAUUAAAGCAACAACACCACAUGGAAAGCUGCCAGUUUUAUAUGUGGAUGGUGCAAAAUUGGCUCAAAGUAGGGUUAUCGAGCGUUAUCUUGGAAAGGUAUUUGGACUUGCCGGAGAAACAGACUGGGAGACUGCAAAGAUGGAUGAGCUUGUGGCAUGUGUUGAGGAUUUUCUCAUCGAAAUUCAACCGUGGUUCAAAGAACAAGAUAAUGCUAAAAAGGUAGAAAUCUUCAAAAAACUCAUCGAAAGCACAAUCAUUCCGUUCAUCAGCGCGUUUGAAAACAUUCUCGUCACAAAUGGAACCGGUUACUUUGUAGGUGAUAAGAUAUCCUACGCCGAUCUUGCCAUUUUCCACAUUUUCUGGUUUAUGAACUCCAAAAUCUUGCCUGGUGCACUUCGAAAAUAUCCAAAACUACAGGAAUUCAUUGAAAAAAUUACUGCGAUCGACUCGAUCAAGUCGUGGAUCAACUCUCGCCCAAAAACUGAAGCAUAAAAAAUUGCAUAAUUAUUAUUUUUCUUUUUUUUUAAGAUGGAAAUUAAUACUCUGUGUUCAACAUUAAUUUGCAAUUAGGCAACUUUAUACUUGCAUACAAACAUUCCAUUUUCUAUUCUUGUAAAUUCUUCAUUUCACAAAUUGAAAGUAAUAUAUAAAUUUAUUCCGAAUACUAGUACCUAAUAAUA